AUGGAUCGGGCAGCCGCGGCUCAGUUUGAAGAACUCAAGAUUCUUCUAGUUCCGGUUCAUCCUACUAGGGUGGAAGAGGAUGGUUUCAAGUGGUGGCGUCACGCUUCCGGUUUUUCGGUUAGUAAUGCUUAUGAUUCUUUCUCCUUAUGUGUUGUUCCGGAUUUUUCUUUGGAAUCCUCUUUCCGUGUGGCUUUCUCUAGUCUUUGGAAAACAAAAGUUCCUAGUAGAAUCCUUAUUUUUGGUUGGAGAUUGAUUUGGAAUAGGCUACCAACCAAGGUUGAAUUAGCUAAGAGGGGCAUUUUGGUUAAUCCAAGUGAGAUUCGUUGUCCUUUUUGUCUUAAUUUCGAGGAAGAUCUCAAUCAUCUCUUCUUUGAGUGUUCUUUUACUAAUCGUUGGUGGAGUAAUUUUCUUUAUUGGUUACAUUUGAUCGACGAUUCCGCGGUUGAUUCGAUAGUGGGUCGUCUUUGUUGGAUGGAGAAGCAUUGUGAUAAAGUGGGGGGAGUUGGUUUGAAGUGGUUCCUUGGUCUUGUUUUUUGUUGGAUUGUGUGGAUUGGUAGGAAUGAAGCAAUUUUCAAUGGCAUGGAUGUAAAAUCCUUUGAUGGUUUAUCUCGCAUGAAAGCUCUUUCUUGGGAAUGGUUUAGUGUUUUCUUUAAAUGUUUUUGUAAUAGGUCCCGGGAGGAGUGGUUCUUAGAUCCGGGUUUUUUCACGUUAUGA